GCGACACAGGUGACAGCAGAGGCCGGCCAUGCAGGAGCCCCUGCUGGGAGCCGAGGGCCCGGACUAUGACACCUUCCCCGAGAGUCCGGCCCCGUCGCCGUCGCCGGGCGAGAGGACGCGGGUCGGAGCAAGACAGCACAAGAGGGUGUUCCUGGCUACCUUUGCUGCCGUGCUGGGCAAUUUCAGCUUCGGCUAUGCCCUGGUCUACACGUCCCCGGUCAUCCCGGCCCUGGAGUACUCCUUGGACCCAAACCUGAGUCUGACCAAAACUCAGGCAUCCUGGUUUGGGUCGGUGUUCACCUUGGGUGCUGCAGCUGGGGGCCUCAGUGCCAUGGUCCUCAACGACCUCCUGGGCCGGAAGCUGAGCCUCAUGUUCUCGGCUGUGCCCUCGGUGGCCGGCUACGCGCUCAUGGCGAGCGCCCGUGGGCUGUGGAUGCUGCUGCUGGGGCGGCUGCUGACGGGCUUCGCCGGCGGGCUCACGGCGGCCUGCAUCCCGGUGUACGUGUCUGAGAUUGCUACCCCAGACAUUCGAGGGGCUCUGGGGGCCACGCCCCAGCUCAUGGCCGUGUUCGGAUCCCUCUCUCUCUACGCCCUUGGCCUCCUGCUGCCGUGGCGCUGGCUGGCUGUGGCCGGGGAGGGGCCCGUGGUCAUCAUGACCCUGCUGCUCAGCUUCAUGCCCAACUCGCCACGCUUCCUGCUGUCCCGGGGCAGGGACGAGGAGGCCCUGCGGGCACUGGCCUGGCUGCGCGGGGCCAAUGCCGACAUCCGCCUGGAGUUUCAGCAGAUCCAGGACAACGUCCAGAGACAGAGCAGCCGCAUGUCGUGGGCCGAGGCCCGGGACCCCCACAUGUACCGCCCCGUCGCCAUCGCCGUGGCCAUGCGCUUCCUGCAGCAGCUGACGGGCAUCACGCCCAUCCUCGUGUACCUGCAGCCCAUAUUCAACAGCACGGCUGUCCUGCUGCCCCCCCAGGAUGACGCAGCCAUUGUGGGGGCCGUGAGGCUCCUGUCGGUGAUGAUCGCGGCCCUCGCCAUGGACCUGGCCGGCCGCAAGGCUCUGCUCUUCGUCUCGGCUGCCAUCAUGUUCGCUGCCAACCUGACACUGGGGCUGUAUGUCCACUUCGGGCCCAAGCCUCUGACCCCCAACAGCACCAUGGGUCUCGAGAGUGUGCCCCUGGGGGGCACAGAGCAGCCCCUGGCCACACCCACCAGCUACCUCACCCUGGUGCCCCUGCUGGCCACCAUGCUCUUCAUCAUGGGCUAUGCCAUGGGCUGGGGGCCCAUCACCUGGCUCCUCAUGUCUGAGAUCCUGCCCCUGCAGGCCCGCGGCGUGGCCUCGGGUCUCUGCGUGCUGGUCAGCUGGCUCACCGCCUUCGCCCUCACCAAGUCCUUCCUGUUGGUGGUGAACGCCUUCGGCCUCCAGGUGCCCUUCUUCUUCUUCGCCGCCAUCUGCUUGGUGAACCUGGUGUUCACCGGCUGCUGCGUGCCUGAGACCAAAGGCCGGUCACUGGAGCAGAUUGAGUCCUUCUUCCGGACCGGCAGGAGGUCCUUCCUGCGCUAGGCCAGGGACCCUGCCGGGGAGGGGCCAAGCCACUGGCGGACAGGCCUCCAUGUUGGCCACCAACCUGCACCCCGAGUCCAGCAGGCAGCAGCAACCUGCCAUCAGCCAGACAGCGGGGCCAGAAGCACGCCAGGCCUCCCAGAGCACGCCCCCUGGCCCUGGCAGCAGCGUCCAGCUCGGCCCGGCGCAGCAGCCUGCGGUGCCGCUCACAUCAGCCAAGACCCGCAGAGGCAGCCAAGCGCCCAGGGGAGCACGUGCCCGGGCUCUGGGGACAAGGCCGUGCCAGGCAACCCCAGGCCUUGCUGCUUACUCAUGCAUGGAGGACGCCCGCCACGGGGCUGCGAUGACAGGCAGGGCUGGAGCAGCUGAGUGGCUCCGGUCAGCGGGCCGCCAUCAGCAUCUUGGCUACAGGGAGGAAGGCAGAGAUCCGCACCUGAGGACUUGCGGACACCAUGGCAACACCCCGGACUCCCACAGGCCAGGGCACAGGACCCGGCACAAACACUAACUCGUGCACCAGCUCGACAUCUGGACAUGGGGCCCUCGAGUGCGCCCAUCUGCACACCGUGUGCCCCCUAUUUAUAGAAAUAAAGAAAUUGGGCAGUGACCCUGCAGGGGAAGGAGUUCCGGUGGGGGAGCCCCCAACAGCCAGGCUAGACCCACAUUUUCAGCAAGGUUUGCCCGGGCCUGCUGUCCCAGUGGCCCCCGUAUGGCCCCGCACUGUCCACAGUGAGGCAGAGGCGGAUGGCCUGUGAGGGCGGCCGGCCUUGGAGUCCCUGCCUGCUGGGCCUUCCUGGCUGUGGGACCCCAGGCAGGCAGCACAGCCGUGCCCGAGGAAACCACAGCCCUUCCCAGGGCCAGCGGCCCCUGCUCACCGGGUGGGGGUAGGGCAUCCCUGCCACUCAAGGCAGAGUGUGGGCGAGCAUACAAACUACCACCAGGCUUUAUUGCUCAAGUCACGGUAAACAGGGUGAACGAGGACCAGAAGAGUAGACACGGGGAGGCGGGAGUGGGCCCUGU